AUGUGGAACGCCGCAAGCAUGAUUUUCUUGAACCAUUUUUCCAGAUUAGAAGGACUGCCGAAUGAAAUUCUCCUAAAAAUUGUGGCUUAUUGUGACUUUACUUCGAAGAUGAACAUGCGAGCAGUUAAUCAUCGUUUCUGUGCGUUAGUGGAAAAGAGUGCUCACGCAGUCCGUCAUAACCUUAUUGGAGGUGUGGAAAUCAGGCGAGGCGAUGGAGAUGUGGAAGAUACGUUCGAUCGAGGUGUCGGUUUUAUUGACGAUUUUUAUGCGGUUCCAUGCGCUAGUCCGAGGACUUCUAGCAAGGAGUCAUUCAGACAUGUAUGCGUCUGCCAUUCACUGAAGCUCUGCGGAGUUCCAUUAGAUGAAGGCCUGGCCUCAGAUAUUCUCGACGCCUCGUUCAGAGCUGUCAGUGAUGUGAUCAUUGAUAAAGUGCACACCGUCACUGCCGAAACACUCGUGAAGUUGAUUGGUAAAGUGAGAAAUCUCUCAAAAUCGUUUUGGGUUCCUAUUUCUGAGAAGUUUGGUAAACUGAGGUUUGCAGUCAACCUCGCAGAUCCGUGUUGUUCUGCCUUUGAGCCCUCAACAACCUCAGCCCACCUUACUAGUCCACAGUCCAAAAGCUAG